CUUCCAUAUUUUCAGCCAAAAAAACCAAAAAAUGGAAGACGACGGAUUCACCCUGGUCACUGGUAGAAAAGCCGGAAAACAGUCGGCGAAAUUUAAAAAAACAGAAAAUGGAAAGCAUAUUCGAGUUGAUGGAACACUGGAAAGUAUCGAAAAAGCUAUGGAAUUGGCGAAAAAUGGGAUUCUGAAAAGCGGAUUGGGCACCUGGCUCCACCACAAGCUCCAACUCCUCAUCUCCCCCCACCAAAAAAUCCAAACCAUCUACGUCAUCGGAAACGGUCAUUUCGACGGCUCAACGGAGCCCGGAGCCCACCAACUUGCUCUUUUCCUGGAAAUUUCUGAGCAAUUCCAGUGUCCCAUCAUUUUCCAAGAGCCAGUGUGCUCUGCCACGGAGCUCAAAUGGCUCGAAUCAAAAAACGUUGAGAUUCGUCGAGAAAUGGACGCAAAAAUCGAUAUUUGCGAGGAAAAAUCGAUAUCAUCGAUGUUAUCGAUUUUCGCAUUCAUCCACGGAGAACACGAGAUUUUCAACGAAUUUUUAGAAUUUAACGCCGGAAAAAUCGAUAAUCUAAUUGUGAUCGGCAACGACUACGGCGGUGCCAACUGGGAAUUGUCGAAAAAUCGCGAAAAAAUGCCUAAAAUCACGGAAUUUUGCGAAAAAUCGAUAAUCACCGCGUUUCCGGCGAUCUACGAACCGAAUUCCAACGCGUUUUCCAGUACUGUUAUUAUGUCUUCUUGUGAUAAUCAAUAAACUUUUUUGUUUAAAAAAUAUCGAUUUUUAAAACCAUUUUUUCGUUUUUUUUUUGUAGAAAAAAUAAAUUUUUUUUAAUUCGA